GUUGAACUGCCUGUCGUUUGCCUAGCACCGGUAUUUCGAGCUGCCGGGCAAAUAAAAUUUAUAGGAGAUAUGGCAAGAAAGAGAAAAUUACAGGAAAGAGAAGGGUUAGCGAGUGAGCAAAGAAGUUUUGGCACGGGCGACUGCUUGGAGUGGGAUAGAACCACGCCGGGUGCGAAGGAUCCCAGUGACGCGAAAACAGCCCUGGAUGAAAUGCGGCUCGCGCUCAAAGACGAUGCCCGUUUGUGUGCAAGGAGGGACACCGUCUUCUUACUACCCUUUCUAAGAUUUACGAAAUUUGACGUUGAAGCUGCGCUCGCAAAGACCAGAAUGUACUACAGACGCAGGAGCUCUUGCCCUAAAGUUCUCAAAGACUUGAAGGCAUCGGAAGAAAUAAAAUCACAAGCGCGUGGCCUGGUUGCUGCGCUGCCUGGAAAAGAUACUCGCGGGCGACCAGUUCUGCUGUUAAAGCUCGGCGCCUGGGAUCCUUCGUCGCUUCCACAAUUUCGGGUUCAGCGAGCGGUCAACCUAUGGCUCGAGCAGCUCACCCGUGACCCUGCAACUCAAGAUGCUGGCAUCUGUUUCAUUCUCGACUUCGGUGGCUGGUCAUUCUCCAAGAUUCGGGCGUGCGAAAUAGGCCUCGCCAGGAAAGCAAUUCGGCUUUUGCAGGACGGCCUACCACUGGAGAUCACCAGAGCGCAUGUGUUGAGGCAGCCGAGGACUUUCAGCAUAUUUUUCUCGCUGCUGAAACCAUUCAUGAGCAAAGACGAACUCGCCAGGUUCCACCUUCACGGCGAAGACUUCGGAAACCUGCACGCUGAAGUUCCAAAGGAUAUACUUCCCAAGGAAUACGGAGGUACCGCUGUUUUUGACUUCGAGGGCCUCUGGGAACGUCUGCGGGGGCAAGAUAGCUGAGAAUACGACCAGAAAUGCAUCCGUCAAACCCAGUUUCCUGGAUCCAGCUUGUGCCGUGUACUGUAAAGAUGUGCGAUACAUUGAACUCCGGUUUUGAUCCGUGAAAUAACAUGUAAGCGGUACGCUAGUCACUAUUAG